UAGUGUACCUCCUUUCCUUCCCUGCCGCGACUACGAGUGGAGACUGGUGUACUUUUUCCUCCUCCUAAGUCCUAACACAAUCUGAUCUGGUGGCUGGAGUACCACUUCUUUAAUAAUUUAACUGCACCGUUCGCCGCAUAAAAUGGGGAGUUCGGUGGUCGGUGGCUUACUGCCUAUACAUCCCAUUCCUGUUCUGUAGCUUUGCGUUUUACUAUCUAUCAAUACCAGCAUUUGCCUAUGGCUAAGAAUCAGACACUCAAGCGCUUCCUUACCAACAUAGAUUUUAGUAUCGGAUUGUUAAGGAAGCGAGAGUACCAGAAAUUUGUAUCUAACGUUGUUAAUCGAUGCCAGUCACAAUGGUCCAAGUCUGAAAAGGUGGAAAGGGAUGAUGUUUUCAAAGAUUCUAAGGGCGGGCCAGAAGCACAGGUUCCUUUGAAAACUAAUAAUGUUAAUUACCCAGAUUAUGAACCUCGUUUUAGCAAAUACACCUCAGAUGAAGAUGAUUUCGUUACGAAUACUAAUAACAAGUGGAAGCUUGAACUUGCUUGGCUCACUAAAACUCUUGAACCUGCACUUCAGCUCUGUAGAUGGGCUUUGCCAACAGCCUCUGGAAACGGGGAUAGAGUCCCUCCUACGAAUAGGUCCUUUGCAGAGAUUAUUGCCAGCAUCCAAAGGAGUAAGAUUGGACUUCAGGAUUGGAGUCUCAGUGAUCUUACUAUAGGUUUGUAUCUCAUAUAUCUUCAGCAAGCAUCAACAAAUAAAGUUGAGGAUGUCAAGGGCGAGCAAAUCUCCUCAGAAUCAAUAGUUCAUGAUCUCAUAUACCACAUGGAACUAGCAAAAGGAGCCUACAAGGAUAACCCUAGCAUUCUAGCGAAGAUUAGCAUGCUCAGAGAAAGCAAUGUUGUAAAAUUUGUGAAGAACUCUGGUGUCUUGAGGCCUGGGUAUUACAUAGGUGUUGAUAUGAAAAGGAAAAAUGUAAUUCUUGGCAUACGUGGAACUCACACCGUGUAUGACCUCAUUACCGACAUUAUUACUUCAAGCCAUGAAGAAAUUACAUUUGAGGGCUAUUCAACACACUUUGGGACGGCUGAGGCUGCUCGAUGGUUUCUUCGGCAUGAGUUGGGAACCAUAAGGAAGUGUCUGCAGGAACAUGAGGGAUUUAGGUUAAGGCUUAUUGGUCAUUCUCUAGGGGCUGCAACAGCUUCUUUGCUGGCGAUAAUGCUCCGCAAACAGUCAAUUAAGGAGCUUGGUUUUGAUCCUCAAAUUGUUUCAGCCGUUGGGUUUGCUACUCCACCUUGUGUCUCAAAGGAACUGGCUGAAAGUUGCUCCAACUAUGUUACAACAGUUAUGAUGCAGGAUGAUAUCAUCCCAAGGUUAAGUGUCUCUUCUUUAACAAGAUUGAGAAAUGAAAUUCUUCAAACUGAUUGGGUGACUGUUUUUGAGAAGGAAGACUGGAAAAGAAUAGUAGAACUUGUUACAAAUGCAAAGCAGGUUGUGUCUUCUGUGCAGGAUGUCGCUCGGAAGUUGGCUGAUUAUGCCAAGUUGAGAGGGCAGACUAAAUUUUCUGGACACUUUGGAUUAGAUAUUGAGGUAAUGACGUUUCUAGCAUGUAAGGGCAACCGUGACUUUGAAAAUUAUGAUGGGUUACAGAAUGCGAUCCAAUUUACUAUCUGCAGGUAUAUGAAACAGGAAAACUAUUGGGACACCAUCUAGAAUGGACUAAUUUACUCUUGCAGGAAGCCCUGAAUUUACUUGUGAUAUUUCAAAGUAAUUGAAAAAGAAGACUGGACAUAUCAAGAAUAAUUUUGCUCUCACAGGAAGCCCUAAAUUUACUCAUGAUAUUUCAAAAUAAUUGAAAAAGGAGACUGGACAUAUCAAGAAGGUUGACUGAUAUGUACUUCUUUGCUAUCCCAAAUGUGGGUUUUUGUGUGUGACUGAUGGUUUUCUCAUCAAAGCAUGUGUUCCUCAUUAUGGAAUUCACGUAAGGGUUGUAUGUUCCAGGACAUGCAGAAUUUGACAAAUGUUUGAAAUUAUAAUGGCUAUUACUUGUGUGUGGUGUGAGAUCUUGUCAAAGGGACUAUUUUUGGUUACGAAGUCUUGUUGAUAAUUUACAAAAAC